AUGGGUGGCGAGGGCAGCAGCGUGGAGCUAGGCAGUCCCAUCUCGUGCAUAGCGACUCCAGACUCCGGGUUCCUUGACUGGUGCCUGGUGGGGGGCGUGAACGGCUCCGUGACGCUCCUGGGGCUCGAGAACCAUGCCCUCCAGCCUGUCACUUCCACCCUCGUACAUGCUGCUAGGCAGGAUGUGGCUGUGAGCGGGCUGGCGUGGGCGGAGGUGGAAGGCAGCGCUGCGGUUGGUUACUCAGACGGCGCAGUCAGGAUAUGUUCUGUCCAUUCACCAUCUGCACUCACCAUCCACAUUCACCAGGGCGCCGUGGAGCUGCUGUGCUGGAGCCCAACAGGAGGGCUCCUGUUCUCUGGAGGUCCUCGGUGUGCCAGCGCGCGCGUGUGGCGCCUACAGGAGCAGCAGCGCCUCGGCGACGAGGCUGCAGCAGCGCCUUCCUCCCCUGCAGAGAUGCAGCGCGCCUGGAGCCCUGUACACAACCUGGGUCUUGACGCUGCGCCUGUCACGGCUGCUGCCUGGUCCGGCAUUGUUU